UUAGAAUUAGAGAGAUUAGAGAUCAUCUAACUCCAGUAGUUUUGCGGUUUUGGGGGAAGCUUUGGAAUUCUUCAUUCCGUCAUUCAACAAAUAUAUAUUGAGCAUCUGCUGUGUACCAGCUUUGGGGAUGCAGUGGUGAAGCACAAAGAGACCUGUCUGGUCUCUGCCCUUUUAGAGCUACAGUCUGGUAUGAAAGACAACAUUAAGGAAAUUAUCACACAAAUAAAACUUAGUAUUGAAACGGGGUUAGUGCUGUGAAACCUGUACCUGAUACUUUGAGUGCUUAUUAUAGGAGGAUUUAGUUUGGGGAAAUUGGGGCAGACUUUUCUGUGGAGGUGAUAGUAGAGAUCUGAAAGAGAUUAGGAGUCAAGGAAGGGCAUUCAAGAGAGGAAAUGUCCUUGGCAAAAGUCUAGAGGCCUGCCCUAGCCGGUUUGGCUCCGUGGAUAGAGCGUCAGCCUGCGGACUGAAGGGUCCCGGGUUCGAUCCCAUCAAGGGCACAUGCCCAGGUUGCAGGCUUGUUCCCCAGUAGGGGGUGUGCAGGAGGCAGCCCAUCCAUGAUUCUCUCUCAUCAUUGAUGUUUCUGCCCCUCUCUCCCUCUCCCUUCCUCUUUGAAAUCAAUAAAUAUAUAUAUUUUAAAAAGUCUAGAGGCCUGAGGGAUACGGCUCUUUCCAAGAACUGAGAGAAAAGAGCAUGAAGAGUGGUGUAAAGCUGGAGAAGUAGGGGGGUGCCAAACCAUGCCGAGCCUGAGCUUUAUCAUUAUCCUAAGAACAGAAGGAAGCCAUUGAAAUAUUUAAGCCAGGUGGUAAAGCGAUCAGCUUUAUAUUUCCAUAGGUUAAACUUAGCUGUAAUAUGAAGAAUGGAUUGGAAAAGUCAAAAUUGGAUAGGAGGAAUGGAGUAAUCCAAGUAGAAAUGUUAUGAUGUGAUUGUGGAGAUAUGGAGAAAUGGACAGAUUCGAGGGAUAUUUAGGAGUAAAAUGGAUAGGAUAUGUAGGGUAGACGGAAGGAAGUGUCAAGGAUGACUUGUAGGUUUCUGACUUGCCUAGUUGGAUAGAUGGUAUGCAGUGAACUGGGAAAAUUAGAAAUUCAGUUUUGUACAUGAUGAGUUAUAGGUACCAGUGAGAAACUUAAGAGCUGUAAAAUGAAAAGUAGGGAUCUGGAGCUCAGAUUUGAUGCCUGGGAUGGAGAUAAAGAAUUAGUGAGUUAUCUGCAAUGCCAUGUGUAUAAAUGAGUGAUGAGGGCCUAGGAUGGAGUCUUGGAUACUUACUGACCAGGUUAGAGGAAGAUGCAUCUUCAAAGAAGAUCCAGGAGGAGUGUCCAGAAAGGGAGAAAAGUCAGAGGAAAAGAUGCUGGAACCACAGGAGAAUGGCUUGAUUGACCUACCAGAUUAUGAACAUGUAGAAGAUGAAACGUUUCCUCCUUUCCCUCCUCCAGCUUCUCCAGAGAGAGAAGAUGAAGGAGCUGAACGUGAUGACGAGUCAGGAAGAGGAGCACCUGUUCCUGUACCUCCAAGGAGAACAGUUAAAAGGAAUAUCCCCAAGCUUGAUGCUCAGAGAUUGAUUUCAGAGAGAGGGCUUCCAGCAUUAAGACAUGUGUUUGAUAAGACAAAAUUUAAAGGUAAAGGUCAUGAGGCUGAAGACUUGAAGACGCUAAUCAGACACAUGGAGCACUGGGCACAUAGGCUAUUCCCUAAACUGCAAUUUGAGGAUUUUAUUGACAGAGUUGAAUACCUGGGAAAUAAAAAGGAAGUUCAGACCUGUUUAAAACAAAUUCGACUUGAUCUCCCUAUUUUACAUGAAGAUUUUAUUAGCAAUAAUGAUGAAGUAGUGGAAAAUAAUGACCACGAUGUAACUGCUACUGAAUUAGAUCCAUUUUUGACAAACUCAUCUGAAAAUGCGACGUUUGCUUCUGAGUUAAGUAGAAGCCUAACUGAAGAGCAACAACAAAGAAUUCAGAGAAAUAAACAGCUGGCCUUGGAAAGAAGACAGGCAAAGCUACUGAGUAAUAGUCAGUCCUUAGAAAAUGACUUGUUAAUGAACACAUCCAGGGCACAGACAGUUGAAGAUGUUAAUACGGGUGAGGAUCAAAACAAGGAGAAGUCAGAUGAACUUAAGGAAGACAUUCUAGAUAAUCUGCAUACUGAUGCUGCUGCCAAUACUGUAAAUGAAGAGGAGGAAUUAAAAAUAGAGAAAACUCAGCUGGACCAGUCCUUUUAAAUGUACAGCAUUAACUUUAUGCUUCAUUCUGAAAAGUUACUGAGGUUGAAGAGGCCUCAACUAAGAGGAAAUUAAUUUGGUAUCCUCAAAGUUUGAGAUUACUAUAUAUUUUGUCUACUUUGAGUGAAAUCCUUAUGUAGUAAAACCUUUAUAGAUUCCUGUUUAAAAUCUGGUAUUAUUUAUAAUUAUACUUCUUAUUAACUUUAGUUAAGUCUAUUUAUUUUCUUUAGUGUUGUAUAUAGAUAUGACUUCAUAACAAUGACUGGUAGUUAAUAAGCACCUUCGGCUGCCAGUGUGCCAUUCUAUGCCUUGUUUUCACUAAAUUAGGUGGAGUUUUAAGAUGUAAAUAUAUAUGAAUAUUAAUGUCCAUUUAAAUAAAAGAAAUAAAAAUCUUAUCAACUUUCUA